AUGGAUAAUGACAAGGGAAAAGCGAUAUGGGAUCAUUACACGACAAAAAUUCUAAUCGAUGUUUGUGCCGAGCAAAUAGUGCACAAAGAAAGACAAGGAACAUCAUUUACAAGACCUGGUUGGUUGAAAAUUGAAAAGAAUUUUCGGGAAAGGAGCGGGAAAAUGUAUGAUAGGAAGCAACUGAAGAACAGAUUUGAUGUAUUGAGAAAAGAUUGGAAGUUGUGGGAAAAACUGAUGUCUGGGGAGACUGGCAUUGGUUAUGAUGCAGCCACAAAUAGGGUGUUGGCCUCUGAUGAGUGGUGGCAACGAAAAAUACUGGUAAUUAUUUGUGUUAGUUGA